AUGACGCAGCCUUCCAACACACCGACGGCGCCGCCGAGCAACGGCACCCCGGCGCAGGCCAAAAUCGGCCCGCAUCCGGGCUUCAUCUCCAGCUCCAACCAGUACUCGUCCGAGACGCGCAUACGGCGCAUGUUUCGCUCCAACGGCUGCGAUCCCGCGCGCGAAGAUAACUACCGCCUGCAGGGUGUGCAGCUGAUUGAGAAUGUGCGGGAGCAUCUAAAACUGCCCGUUCGGACCUUUGACACGGCCUGCAUCUACUUUCACAAGUUUCGACUCAACUUUCGCGACGCCGAGUACAACUUUCACGACGCGGCGCUCGCAUCGCUGUUUUUGGCGUGCAAGGUCGAGGACACGAUUAAGAAAUCAAAGGACAUACUGGCGGCCGCUUACGCCGUGAGGAACCCAGACAAGCCUGCGCCGACCGACGACAAGAUGUUUGAGCAAAACGGCAAGACCAUCAUCGGCCUUGAGCGCCACAUCCUUGAGACCAUUGGCUUCGACUUUCGCACGCGCUACCCGCAGAAGCUGCUCGUCAAGAUUGUGCGCAGCAUCUUUGGCGCCUCAGGCACGUCGUCGCGCGCCUUUUACGAAACCGCCUACGCCAUGUGCAUCGACAUGUACAAGACGCUCGUGCCCAUCAAGCGCACCACGUUUGCCAUGGCCAUGGCCGUCGUCGAGCUCACCGCGCGCCUCCUCAGCGGCGGCGACGGCAGCGACCGGUCGCUCCUCGACCGCGUCGAUGCCUUUGCCGCCCAGCGCCGGCAGUACGCCCGCGCGCCCGUCGUCGAGACCAUGCUGGACCUGCUGGACCUCUACGUCCAGCACCACAAGGCCACCAAGCUCGGCGCGCGCUUCGACCUCGCGCGCUUCAUGGACAUGAAGAUCCGCCUCAACCAGGACCUCGACGCCUCGUGCGCCCCGCGCUUCCUGUUUUACUGCCAGAAAUGCGAGAUUGACGCGCCGCUGACCGAGCCGGCCGCGGAUCAGGCGUGGUCGGUGGAGGCCCGCGAUGCAGGCCCCGCGCAGCGCGCCGCGCGCAGACAGGACGGCACCAUGCGCUUCGUCUUCGCCCCCGAGGCGGCCCGCACGGAACACGACGCCGUCGGCCGCUUCUUCAAGCAGGAGUACGAAGAGUACGAGAUGGAGGUGGAGGAGCCCGUGCCCCCGCCGCCGGAACAGCCGCGCGGCCCGCGAGACGGGAGGGACGGUGGCGGCGGCGGCGGAGGUGGGCGCGGCGGUGGCCACGGACGAGGAGGCAAUUAUCGAGGUGGUGGCCACAGAGCCCGUGGGGAUAGGAGAGGAGAGCCGUAUGGGAGCUACCGCGGCGGCGAGCGAUACCAUAGAGGAGGACGCGGCCGUCAUCACUAA